AUUUAGGGGCCGGCUCUCUCCCCCUGAGACCACCACUUGGUCUCCUUUGAUGUCGUCUUCUGCUUCGCUGGCUUCGGCUCCGUCUAGGUCCAGGAUAUUAGAGUCACGGGAAGGGGAGAUGGAGGAUGGGCCGGCACAGAACUUCUUUCCCGGUGAGUGCUAGGGCAUCGUGAGCUCAGAAUUGGGCCUUCCGAACGUCUUUCUAUCACGAAGGCCCAGGAGGUCUCUUUGCAGUCAUGCAGUCUGUUAACGUCGCUGAGAAGGAUGUAACGGCAGCCAGUUUGGGCAAGAAAGCGAACUCGGGCCGGUCAGAUGAACGAUCUCUGACUAAGGUGAUUCUGGGUCCCACAGAGAGCUGCCUGAGGAGGAAGGUGGAUAUAGCAACAGUUACCACACUGAAAUAAACAGCUCCGUUUCUAAGGUCGGUCCAAGCCUCUCUGGUUUGGUGAGGCCAGAAAAUGCCUUUGAAGAUGGCAAAGUGAGUGAAUGUGGUAGGUGAUGGGGACAUCUCUUCUGUUUUCUGAGGUGAAAAAUGCACUAGGUAGGGAGAAUUUUUCCUUUUCCCAUCAGUUGUAUUGAGCACUUACUUGGGCAGAGCACUGUACUAAGGGUUUGGGAGAGUUGGAACCAACAGAAUUGGUAGAUACUUUCCCCGCCCACAAGGAUUUACGGAUUGUCCUGGCAUGCUUUGUGCAGAUCCAAGAGUGUUGAAGACGACAUUUGUGGAUCAGACAGUGCGGAAUGGAACUAGUUAUGCCCCUGACUCCAGACUGAUCGUCUCAGCUACUAUUUUAUUUCUCACCCCCAAACAAGGCGAACAUCCUCAAAGCUAAGGGUUGUGCCCCGUUGCCCCUGGCUUUUGGCAACCUCCAUUUGGCUAGCCCAUGAGCCAACCUCUGAAGAAUCUUAACCCCCUUCCCCACUGAGGAACUCUUUGUGAAAAUACAAAAAGCUCACUCAUGUCUCUACGCGGAUCAUCAAGGGAUGGAGCAGAAGGUCAAUACCGGAUCUUAACACGACUCAUUCAGGGCCUUCAGAAUUUUUCGUCAUCUGUGUGGCGUUCUCUCCCCAGGAGAAGAUGGAGAAAUAACCUGAGGCGAGCGUGUUCCGAUGAAAUCAUGCACCAGGACAUCAUCCCCCUCUGUGCCGCUGAUAUUGAAGACCAACUGAAGAAGCAGUUUGCUUAUCUGUCCGGUGGACGGGGACAAGAUGGAUGUCCGGUUAUUACCUUCCCCGACUACCCAGCUUUUGGGGAGAUCCCCGAGAGAGAAUUUCAGAACGUCCUCACCUAUCUCACCAGCGUACCCAGCUUACAAGAUGCUGGAAUUGGCUUUAUUCUGGUCAUCGAUCGAAGACAAGACAGAUGGAGCUCAGUCAAAGCCUCGGUUCUACGAAUAGCAGCAUCUUUCCCGGGAAACCUGCAGUUAGUCCUCGUCCUGCGUCCUACAGGAUUUUUCCAACGCGCGCUCUCUGACAUUGCUUUCAAAUUCAACAGAGAUGACUUUAAAAUGAAGGUGCCGGUCAUUAUGUUGAGCUCAGUACCAGAAUUGCACAGUUAUAUCGACAAAACCCAGCUGACCGAAGACCUCGGUGGGACCUUGGAUUACUGUCACAGCAGCUGGCUCUCUCACCGCACAGCUAUAGAGAAUUUUGCCCUGAUGGUUAAACAGACCGCUCAAAUGCUUCAGUCCUUUGGAACGGAACUGGCUGAGACGGAAUUACCCAACGAUGGGCCCUCCACCAGCUUGGUUCUCAUGGCACACACAGAAAAGAAGGACAAAAUGAAGGAAGAUAUGAUGUUGGCUGUGAAAGAGGGCCAGACUAUCCUCGAAAGUAUCAGGGAGCCUCUGAGAGAAAAGCCGGAGUGUAAUCUAAACCAGGGCCAGCUUGACAAUCAGACCACCAUGGAAAGGCUUUUGGCUCAGUUGGAUGAAACCGAAGCGGCCUUUGAUGAAUUUUGGGCUAAACAUCAGCGAAAACUAGAGCAAUGUCUACAGCUCAGGAAUUUUGAGCAGAAUUUCAGAGAGGUAAAAGCCGCUCUAGACGUCGUUUCGGAGCGACUGUCCGCCUUCACAGAUGUGGGAAAUAGCUACGCUCAUGUUGAACAUAUUCUGAAGGAUCUUCUUAGCUUUGAGGAAAAAGCCAAUGAAUGUAUAGAGAAGGCCAGAGCCUUGUGCUCCGAAGCGACCCAACUAAUCGAGGACAAGCAUUAUGCCGUGGAUUCCAUCCUCCCAAAAUGCGAUGAGCUCCAGCAUCUCUGCGAUGACUUCACUAACGAGAUGGAGAAACAGAAGGCUCUGCUCAGCAAGUCUCUGGAGCUGCAUGGCCUCCUAGAGAAAUCUAUGAAGUGGUGCGAUGAAGGAAUUUACCUGCUGGCGUCUCAGCCCGUGGACAGGUGCCAGUCGCAGGAUGGAGCAGAAUCCGCCCUACAGGAGAUCGAGAAAUAUUUGGACACCGGCGCGGAGAACAAAAUCCAAGAACUGAAUGAAGUUUACAAGGAAUACGAAUCGAUUCUCAGCCCGGACCUAAUGGAGCACGUGCAGAAGGUGUUCCAGAAGCAAGAGAGUAUGGAGGAAAUGUUCCAGAAGAGGCAAGCGAGCCUGAAGAAGCUUGCAGCCAAGCAGACCCGACCUGUUCAGCCAGUGGCCCCGAGGCCUGAGGCCUUUGCCAAAUCCCCCUGCACCUCUCCAAGUCUUCGUAGAGGUUCCGAACGGUCCUCCAGUCCUGACGGCAGUGUGCUCCGGAGGGUCAAUUAUAGGAGGAUCAAGAGUGACACAAGCGUUGUUCAGCAGGGCCGAGGUAGCUCUGCAAUGGACGACCAAGAAAACCUAACGAUACUGAGGAGGCAUGUAAUGAACGAGCUCCUUGAAACAGAGCGGGCAUAUGUGGAUGAACUUCUUUGUGUCCUUGAGGGAUAUGCCGCUGAGAUGGAGAAUCCUUUAAUGACUCACCUCAUCCCCCCAGGACUCCAAAAUAAGAAGGAUGUAUUAUUUGGGAAUAUGGAAGAAAUCUAUCACUUUCAUAACAGAAUCUUCCUGAGGGAACUGGAAAACUACAUUGAUUAUCCAGAACUGGUAGGAAGGUGUUUUCUAGAAAGGAUGGAAGACUUUCAGAUUUAUGAGAAAUACUGUCAGAACAAACCCAGAUCGGAAAGUCUGUGGAGGCAGUGGUCAGACUCUGCCUUUUUUCAGGAAUGUCAGAGGAAGCUUGAUCACAAAUUGAGUUUGGAUUCCUAUUUACUGAAGCCCGUACAGCGAAUAACCAAAUAUCAGUUACUCCUAAAGGAAAUGUUGAAGUACAGUAAAAAUUGUGAUGGAUCGGAAGAUCUGCAGGAAGCGCUGACUUCGAUUCUGGGAAUUCUGAAAGCUGUCAACGAUUCCAUGCACCUGAUUGCUAUCACUGGCUAUGAUGGAAACCUGAAUGAACUAGGCAAGCUCUUAAUGCAGGGUUCCUUCAGCGUUUGGACUGAUCAUAAAAAGGGUCAUGCAAAAGUGAAGGAUUUGGCCAGGUUUAAGCCAAUGCAGCGACACCUGUUUCUCCAUGAGAAAGCAGUAUUGUUCUGUAAGAAGAGAGAAGAAAAUGGAGAAGGCUACGAAAAAGCACCGUCCUACAGUUACAAGCAGUCCUUAAAUAUGGCCGCUGUUGGAAUUACAGAGAAUGUGAAAGGUGACAACAGGAAAUUUGAAAUCUGGUAUAAUGCAAGGGAAGAAGUCUACAUCAUUCAGGCACCAACCCCCGAAAUUAAAGCAACCUGGGUUAAUGAAAUCCGGAAGGUGCUAACCAGUCAAUUGCAGGCAUAUAGAGAAGCCAGUCAACAUAGAGCACUGGAGCAAUCUCAGAGUUUGCCAUUGGCUGCCUCAUCAAACACAAGCCCUUCGAGAAACCACACAAGGAAGGUCAGAAAACCAGAAGAGAGUAAAACCAAUCGAAUGAGCUUGGAAGGGUGUAUCGGCUCAGGAACGGCGCCUAAAUUCCCGGACAAAGACAAAGAUGAAUCACUAACUAGCUCUACCUCCGAACGCUCUGCUCUGUCAAAAAAGCACUUUACAUUGCAGGGCUUUGCUAACCUCAAAAAUCAGAAAGCCUCUCCUACCGGCCCUGACAAAAAAGCUAAACGUCACGAAGUAAAGAGCGAUCCAACUCCUUUGGGUUUAAGAGGCUGGACGAGGACCGGCCCCUCGCAGGACACGUCGGAGGAAAACGACUGCUGGUCCAGCGCCGAGGACCCGCUGAACUCAUCCGACGAAGAUGGAGCCACAGCGGUGGGGCCCAAGAAGUUGGUUCCUGGUAAAUACUCCAUCGUGGCAGAUCCGGAGAACGGAGGGACGGACGUGCUGGCUGUCAAAAGUGGAGACUUGGUGGAGUUGAUCUCUGAGGGGACUGAGAGACAAUGGUAUGUGAGGAAUCUGACCACCAGCCGAGAGGGGUGGAUUCCAACCGGGAGUUUGUCGGCGCUCAUUGGGAAUUCCAAAUCGGCUCAGUCUCUGGCAAGUUCAGACUCCGGGGCUGGCGCCGCCAUUUUGAGUUCUUCCUCGAGCUGUAGCGAAGGCGGCAGCGUCCCCUUCUCGGACAACAAGGGGUAGCCGGCCCACCGGUCCGACGCUCAAUAGGGACCCCUCCUCCGCCCCCCGCUCAUGGCCGGAAUGAAAUAAAAACCCAGUCUGUAGAUCUGCAAGUUUCAUCUUGCUUGGGUCUGGCAGGUGGGACGAGAGAGCGGGGAGAGGAGUGGGUUUUGUCAUUUUUUAAGCUACUCAGAGAGCCCCUCGGAGGAAAAACUACCCGCUCGAAUGUAGAAUCGUGAGGUGCUGGAAUUCACACCGGACGUCGACGCGCGGAGAUUCGGGAAGAGCCUCACCCGUCGCCGACCCUUUCCUGGUUUCCUCAGAAAGGCACCGGUCAGUCGCCCGACCCGCAUCGGGACAUCCUGGACGAGGACAGAGCAGGAUGGGUGAAACGUCAAGGGCCGUCUCGGGCAGAUUACGGCCGUGCGAAUGCAUUCUGCGAUUGUGACUUCAUCCCCCGAAACGUUCCUCUGAGAAAUCCACCGACCAGAAAGAGAGCCCGGGGCUCCACGGACGAAACUUGGGUAUGCCCCGGCUUGGAUCCGGCUUCCUUCCGUCUCCGGCACCCUGCUCUCCGUGGACAUCUGCCUCCUCCUAAGCUGUGUCUGUGAGGGAAGGAUGCCUCCCCCACGGCUCUGUGAGGAAUCACCGUGGUUUUUUUUUUCCCGCUGAGAUUUUUUAGGCGAACGAUCCCGUGGCCAUUUUGGGGAUGCACUGGCCUCCAACAGAGUCCUUUACCGAGAGUCAACGUGUUUACAUCCAAGGGCAAUUUGAUACCAUCUUUGACAGAGAACUAUUUCACCAUGGAAUGAUUUCUUACGUGUCUGUAAUGUAAACCGGUGCCAUUCCGCUAAAGCCGUUGGCUGGGGAAUUCAGGCGACUAAAUCCCUGUCACCUCCGUGGGAUCAGGCCGCGUUGCCUUUGCCAGCCUCGAGAGGAGAGAGUCCUCUCUCUAGCAAGAGAAAAGCCGAUCCUAGAACUACAAGCCGUAAUUUUGUUUUCUAUUAAAAGAGAGGGGAAGUCCUUUCUUAUAGCACCUCACUGCAUUCCGGGAAUAUUUCAAUGGGGUUUUUUUUAAGGAAAGAUAAACAGUUUCUUCAGGGUGUCGGCAAAACCAUUAUUCUUUACUGGAACUUAAUACCAGAAUGAUCUAAAAUGCAAACAGUAGCAUCUCCUUUUUUUAGUGUCUGGCAAGUCCAUCCUCAUGCCCCGUACUCCUAGCCUAUGUAUCGUGUCUUUUCCUCCCAUCUCGGAACGAUCGAUUGAAUGCCGAGAAUUUCAUUCUCUCCAACAAAGCGGGCUGGGAAGAAAAUGCCUCGAUAUUUUGGUUGUCAUUUUCUGAUUUCAGAAAAAAAAACAAGUCCUCUCUCGCUAUUGGAGCAUGUUCUGCUCAUGAUUGAUGCAGAUAUUUUUCUAUGUAUGUAUGUAUAUAUGUACUAUAUAUAUAUAUAUAUAUCUUGAUGUAAAGGAUGUAUUUAUAGUCUUUACGCUGCUCAAAGUGGCCACUUUACACAGGAUAUCAUGCACUACCGCAAUACGAAGGCUGAUCGGAACUUCCGUUGACUCCUCCGUUUCUAGAACAACCUCCCCAGUUAAUGUUUCCUUCUUCUCAAAUCCCACUGGGUCCCAGGCCGCUUCCAGUCAGGACCCAUUAAGCCCAAAAUUUAAUCCCGAAAACGGCAAAGAACGCGCAGAGACUCGGUUGCUUUUCUUCUGGAUUGUAAGUUAUUUGUAAACGAUGUGUUUUCCACUUCCCUCGAUCUUUCCCGAUAUCCUGGUGGUCUCCUCUUUGUCCUAGCACUUUAACCCUCCCGUUUCCCUCCCCUGACCUGUUUUGUUUUGUUACUCCUAUUGCUGAUGAAAAUGAAAUACCACAAUCAGAGUUCUUCAUGGUAUGGAUGAAAGCCGAACCAAUAAAUUUCAAUCACUCUUU